AACAACAACAGCAGCAGCAGCAACGGCGACAACAGUAACAACAACAACAACGACGACGGCGAUAGUUGGUGUGGUAGCGAAAAGAAUAGGGAGAAAGCUCCAGCCACGAUGAGCUUCCAGAACAGCACGCUUCCCUCCCCUGUCGUGUGGAAUGGCUCCUCCUACUGGGCUAGUUUCACUGAGAAGAGUUUCUGUAGGGGAAACCGCUUCAAGGUCUACAGCGGUAUUGUCAACGGGGACGGUCAGUGGCGUGGAGGAAAGUGUGUGGUCAAGGUGUUCAAGGAGACGCCUGGAACCAAGGUGCUGUGCGCGUGCGAGGUGAAGAAAUCGGACAAGUCACGUCAGCUGAACCAGGCCUUCAACCGUAUGGCUGGCCGUAAGUCACGUGUCCGCACCACUGCCCUGUACUGGGCGCCCAUGGACGAGGUCUCCGUGCUGAAGAAACUCUUCUUUACUGGCCGACGGCGGCUGACCACUAAUGAGAUUGUCCUGUUUGAAGACGACCUGAGGGUGGACGAGGAGAGGCCAGGGAAGGAGAGAAAGCUGACGCUGUACAUGGACAGCAGAGGCCGCCAGCCGUACUGCAAGGCCAAGGAUCUGGAGGCGUUCUCUCACUUCUCGUACCAUCACUCACAAGGCCAGCUGGUGGUGUGUGGUCUCGAGGGCGUGCACGAUUCCGAUGGAUUUGUUGUCAAGACGCCCACAAUACAUUCCAGAGAGAGGGAGUUCGGUUCUUGUGACCGCGGCGAGGUGGGUAUAAGGGAAGUGUUUGAGCAUCACGUGUGUAAUGAGAUCUGUAGGGACCUGAUCAAACCGGCUACAGAGGAAGAGGAUGACUUCGAUGACGACAUUGACGCUGCAGCCGAGAGGAGGUGCUCUGUUUCUGAUGAUGUCACAUCCUCGCCGCCAUUGCUAAGGCAGCAGUCGACGGUGUCCCAGAACACGGAAAGAAUGUCCGAUUAUCUGGAGCCAAGUGCUCCUGGUCUCCACGAAGAUUUACACCCUUUUGAACCUCUUUCCACGCCCAAUCCGUGGAUGGCUGGAUGGAUGCCACGAGACCAAUCUGAGAACGUCUUCAUCCACGGCCCCAUGCCCCAAAGCAUCCAACCCCAUUCCAGACAAGUUCCCAUUUCUCUCCCCACUCAGAUGAGCGUGGACAGCGAGCUUUCAACACCCGACGCAAAGACCCCCACUUCCAGCAGCCACAACGAAUGUACGCAUAAAGCCGACCAGGACCGAGAGAAUGCCAACACAACUACUUCUGUCUCCAGCCACUGCUGCACAGUUUUCUCUCCCAUGUCAAGUAGCGCCUGUGGCGAGAGCGGUCUUCAGAUUGGCUGCUCUCAGUGCGGAGACAACCGCCGUGUUCGCUUCAGUCUGUCCACGGGCGCCACUUCCGGAAUCGGCACCGGGUUCGGCACCGCCACCACCGGAAGUGUCGCCAACAGCGCCAGCAGCUCACCGACCACCUGCCCUCGGUCCAUCAUGAAACGUCAAUAUUCUGUUCCUGCUGCUCAGUGCGCCAGUCCUUGCCAGUCCUCCCUCGCUCAGCUGGUCUUCCUCCAAUCCUCCCAGACGCCCCGGUCAGAAGAGGUUAACCCAAGAGUUCUUCCGGUGUUCAGAUUCGCCCCGGGCCCAGUGCCUGAGAGUAUGGAACUGCCGCCAUCUUACCAGGAGUCCCAGAGCGCCUACUGUUCCUUGUGGCUGCAGCAGCACGAACUAGAGAUGAACGCUGCUCUACAUCCGGUGCUGGCAGACGACGCGAACGGCAAUCGAGUCAUCGGCAACGUUGUCCACUCCACGCAGCUCUGAAGCCUGGACUGCACACAAGAUCUCCGUAACAGUGGGGCAAUAGCUCUUGGAAACAAAACACAAACAGUGGUUCCUCCAACGUUCACCUUCCUUGUUAACAGUCUCUAAAUAAUAUCCCCCUCCCUCCCCUCGAUUCGCCUUGUGUAGCGUAAGAUGUCAUGUUACUAGUAUCCUAAAAAGAACAAGAACAACGAUAUAUAUUUUUCAACGCACGUUUGGGAGAUUUAUUUUUCAAAGUAUUAUUAUUGUAGCAAUCACACAUGGUUAGUACUCUGAAACGACACCACAAUAAUACGUCACCGUCCCGCCUCCUGGUUUUUAAAAAAUUUUUUAAUUAGAAAAUAAAUUUGUCUUUUUAGUUCUUAUUUUUCAAACAAGAAUCAACAUACAUUAUACAUGUAGCCUACUCAGGUAAGGGUCGACACACCCAAAGUGAUAGGCCACCGUUGUGUUAUUACACGGACAUGCUUGGACAUUCUGCAUGGACGUGUGAACUCCAACCUCCUUUUAAAGACCACGUCAUUUUUUUUGUACACCAAGGAACCACUAUUAAGUAUUACAUUUUCAUAUUAUAAUGUGUAGGGCUUACUGUUCACGGGAUCUUUAAUCAUUACAUUCAUACCCAACACGGUCACGUUUUACGGAUGCGGUCAUCAUGGCAAGCAUGAGAAGGUGCUAUUAUAAUUGAUUGAGACAAAUUAAUAUUUUCAUGGCUUUAAAAUCAAUGACUUCUCCUUGUUUGGUUUGCUGGGUUCUUGAUUUCACCAGUGUAGUAAAUAACUUCAAUCGGAGUUAAAUUUUAUGUCUGUUUUCUUAAUCCAGUUCAAUACUUUGUAGUGCUAGAAUGUUUAUCGUUUUGGAUUCUUCUGCUCUUUUGUUUUUGCUUGUUUUAUGUUGGGUAAAAUCCCUAACGAUAAAGGACCUGUACCAGCACACUAUGAUACCCUCAUGCACGCACUGACGCGUGCGCACACUCACACAGACACACACACACACACACACACACAUUC